AAUCUUUUGAAAAGUGACCUGUGGAUACAGAUGAGGACAACUUACAAAUAUGUCUUUGAAAAUCACACCGACAACUACAACUGGUUCUUUCCUACACGUCCCACUACAUUUGCUGUCUUCGACAAGUCAGCGUGUUUUCUGUGUACCGGGGCUUUAUCACAACCUUUCUAUCUGGGCCACACUAUACUUGGCAAGCUCCAAUACAUGACCGUGGAAAGAGAAAUUGUCAAGUAUAAUCUGAAAGACAGCCUCUUCAGUAAGUCUGAGAAGUGUGCAGAUUGAAGUGUCAUUUGGGAGUUAUCUGAAGAUAUGCAGCUGGCAGCUGGCCUUAAAUAAGCUGGAAUUCUUGCAGAAAAUGCAGAGGAUUCUGAAGGAAGAGUUGUAUUUAAUACAAAACAUGCACAUCUUAUUCAAGAGACCAUGUGUAAUAAUCCUCAGGAAGUGGUACAAGGCUGCUGUUCAGAUAUGGCUAUUACUUUUAAGGGACUGACACCCAGAAAGCUGAUAGUGAUGAUGUACGGUAUGCACUGGCUCAGGGUUCAUUAUUUCAACAGCACACUGGUCUUCUUGCCUCCAAACGGUUCAGAAUGUGACUGA